AUGAAAAUUCAAAGUACAUAAGGCUUCAUGAUGAUAGUUUUGAUAAUUAAUCGUUUUUAUAGUGUCUGUACAUAACUAUUUUAUUUAGGUAAUGGAUGUCCAAUUGGUUGUCGUACGUGUGGUUUAAUAAAUGAUUGUUGGACUUGCAAUUAGGGAUAUUACUAUGAAUUACUCUCUUGUAAAGCAUGUAGUAAUGGAUGUUAAGAUUGUUCAUCAUCAACAUCAUGUUCAUAAUGUUAUCCAUCUUAUGUAUUGUAAAAUAAUAAGUGUAAUUUACAAUGUUAACAAAAUUGUUUAAGUUGUAAUACAACGACAACAUGUAUUACUUGUGUAGAUGGUUAUUAUGCAGAUAUCAAUUAGUAAUGUUAGUAAUGUACUAUACCUUGUUAGACUUGCUAUUAAAGUUCAACGAAUUGUUAAUCAUGUAAUGAUCCAAUAGGAAUGAUUGUAAUUAAUUCAUAGUGUGUUUGUAAAGAUGGAUAUUUCAAGAAUUCACUGAAUAUUUGUUAACAAUGUACAUCUCCUUGUUUAAAAUGUAUUGAUAAUGAAAAUAAAUGUAUGUCUUGCAUUACCACAUAUAAUUAUUUCUCUGAUAGUAAUACAUGUAAAUGUCUUAAUGGAUAAUAUGAAAUUAAUUAAAGUUGUCAAGCAUGCUAAUUACCUUGUUCUACAUGUGAAUUAUCUGCUACUAAUUGUUUAUCAUGUAUUGAUAGUAAUUAAACUUUAAAUGGAUAAAAUCAAUGUAUAUGCAAUAAUGGAUUUGUUUAAAUAAUGACCCAUUGUGAAUAAUGUAUUAGUCCAUGUGUUACAUGUACUUAAUCUACUACAUUUUGUUAAUCAUGUAUAGAUAUUAAUCAUGAAUUAAUUAAUGGAACAUGUACAUGUAAAUCAGGAUAUUUAAGUCUUGAUUCAUAAGUAUGUUUAAAAUGCAAUUCUAAUUGUAUAACUUGUUCCAAUAAUAUUGAUUAUUGUGAUUCAUGUGUAGAUAUUAAUAAAGAAAUCAAUGGACUUCAUUAAUGUAUUUGUAAACAAGGGUUUUAUUUUGAUCCAAAUUAUACAAUUUGUUAAGAAUGUGAUAAUUCAUGUGCCAUUUGUGAUAUUAAUAUGUGUAUUUAAUGUAAAAGAGGAUAUGGAAAGACAAUAGAAUCUCUUAAAUAUUGUUUACCUUGUCAUUAUCCAUGUUUGGAUUGUUAAGAAAAUGUAGAUUUUUGUAAUGAAUGUGAUAAAAUAAGUCUCUUUUAUUUAGAGAAUUAAGAAUGUAAAUGUCCAGAUGGUUAUUAUUCUACAAUUGAAUAAUGUUAAAAAUGUUCUAAUGAAUGUGAGAAAUGUUCUUAGACAUCUGAAUAUUGUUUAAGUUGUAUUGAUCAUAAUUAUUAAUUCUUUGAGAAUACUUGUAUUUGUCCAUUUGGAUAUUAUAUAGAUACAGCAUUAAAUUGUUAAUAAUGUUAAUAACGAUGUGAAUCAUGUUAAUUUAAUUUUGAUUUUUGUUUGAGUUGUUCUCAUUCAUUACAAAUAUUGAUUAAUAAUUAAUGUUAAUGUAUUGAUGGUUAUACAUAUAUAAUUACAACAAAUUAAGAAUCAGAUAAUAUAUGUCAUUAAUGUUAAGAUAUCUAUUAAAAUUGUAUAGAAUGUAAUUAAAUUUAAUGUAAUAAAUGUUAAUAAGGAUAUUAUUAAAAUGAAAUACAAGAAUGUAUUAUUACUAUUUGUGGAGAUUAAAUAAAAGUUGAAAAUGAAUAAUGUGAAGAUGGAAAUGAUGGAUGUUUUAAUUGUUAAUGUGAAUUAGGAUGGAUUUAAAAUGAAAAUGGAUGUUAUUCUACAUGUGGAGAUGGAAUAUAAGUAAAAGGAGAAUAAUGUGAUGAUGCAAAUAAUAUUCAAUAUGAUGGAUGUUAUGAAUGUAAAUAUGAUUGUAAUAUAAAUUGUUAAUAAUGUGAUUAAGGAAUCUGUUUAUUAUGUAAAUAAGGUUUCUUAUUAGAUGAUAAUUAAUGUAUAUCAACUUGUGGAGAUGGUAUAUUAGAUUUAUCAAAAGAAUAAUGUGAUGAUAAUAAUAAUAUACCAAGAGAUGGAUGUUAUAAUUGUUUUCUUGAAGAUGGUUUCAUCUGUUAAUAUAAUGAUGAAUUAUUAUUUUAAUCUUGUAAUAGAUGCUUAGAUAUCAAUUGUAUAACAUGUACACUUUAUAAUGAAAUUUAAAUAUGUUAAAAAUGUAUAGAAGGGUACUUUAUUGAUUAAUACAACAGUUGUUCUUAAUGUGAUCAAAUUUGUAUUGAUUGCAUUACUACAUCUAAGAAUUGUAUCACUUAUGAUUAUGAAAUCUAUUAAUUAAAGGAAUGUAAUUAAAGUGAAGGUUACUAUUAUAAUUUUACACUUAAAGAUUGUUAAUCUAUAUGUGGAGAUGGAAUAAUAACUAAAUAAGAAUAAUGUGAUGAUUAUAAUACACUUGAUUAUGAUGGAUGUAAUAGUAAAUGUUAAAUUGAAUCUGGUUUUUUAUUUGAUAUUGAAAAUAAUAGAUUAAUCAAUGAACCUUAUAUAUAAGUAGAAUUAAAUUAAGCUCAUAAUAAUUAAUAUUCAAUUAUAGCUGAUUAAUUUUAAGAAUCUAUUAAUUGUACUGCCACUAAUUUAAAUAUUGAAAGAUUUAAUUAAACAGAAUAUAAUUUUACUAUUACUUAAACAGGUGAUAAUUGUGAUAUCAAUAUGAUAUUUACUAAAACAAUUGAACCAAUUAAUUUAAUUCAUAUUUUUGUCAAAUAUAAAGGAAAUUACAAAAAAAGAAUAUUAGAUGAAGAUUUCUAAUAAGAAGUUAUUAUUGUACCUGUAAGAUAAAUAUAUGUCAAUUAAGAAUAAAAAGAAUAAGGUUAAAAAAUGGCAGCAGCUUCUAAAGCCUUGUCUUCAUCAAUAGCAGCAUUUGCUCCUUUAGCAUUGAUAGUAGGUGGAUUCAAAUUUAUUUGGGCUAUACUUGAUAUUCUGAGUUGGAUGAAUAACUUUUAUUUCUUAAAUGUUAAUUAUCCUGAAAAUGUUAGACUUAUCUUUUAAUAAGCAGAAUGGAGUAAUAUUAUUAAUUUUCCAUCUAUUAAUAUUUUAAAUUAACCAUCAGAUAAUUAUUACUUUCAAGCCUAACCUAAGUUUACAGAAAAAGAUGUUGAUCCUCUAUUUUUUAAUAAUAUACAAAUUGUUAUCAUAUUUCUAUUUCAAGUCAUAAUUACUAAAUUAGUAUGUUUUACAAUACGUAAAGUAUUAUAAACUUAUUAUAAAAAAUUAAUUGUUUUUAAUUCAAAAAAAACUAUCUUUUAACUUAGUGAAUGUCAAAUUGACAUAUAAAAACAAGAUAAAUAAUAAGAAUAAUAAUUAAGAUAAUCAAAGGUUAUUUAUUAAAUCCCUAAUAUAUUAUAACCUUUAUAUUCUAAAUGCAUUCUUUUUGAAUCUAAUUUCAUUGCUAAUUUGAUCAAAACCAUAUAAUUAAGUUAUUUGGAUAUUACAUUAGCAAUUAUUCUUUAAAUUACUAAUUAACAAACAGCUGAUAACUUAAUAGUUAAAAUAAAUAUUGGAUUGGCUUUGGGUUUCAUUAUUAUUUUACUAUAUCUAGUUAAAUUAUCAUAUUCAAUAUCAUAAUCACAUCAUUUGAAAUUAGAUAAUCAACACUUUCAUCAAAGAUAUAGUUGUUUUUAUGAAGAACUAAAAACUGAUUCAAAGAUUGCUAUGAUAUAUUCUUUUGUCAAUCUAUUACGAAAAACUAUUUUUAUUGUUGCCACUGUCUUAUUAUAUAAUUUUCCUAUAUUUUAAACUAGUGUGUGUUUCUUAUCAUGUUUAUUAAAUAUACUCUUAUUGUUGAUGGGUAACCCUUUUAUUGGUAAACAACAAUAUAUCUUAAACUUGAUUCCUGAACUUUGCAUAUUGUUAAUAAUAGGAACAACAAUAAUAUUUGCAUUUUAAGAUAGAUUUUAAAUAUUAGAAGAUGCAAAAAUUUAUAUAUUAGGUUGGGUUAUUGCCCUUUGCAUUUAUAUUUCAAUAUUAUUGUAACUAUUAUUUUUGUUAAAAGAGAUAUUAAUAUAAAUGUGGAAUAAUUUUAAGUACUUAAUCAAAUAUGUUAAAUAUAAAUUUAAUUGUGUAUAAUGA